AUGGGAUCAUUCAAGCCUGUUCAGCUCACAGCUUUGCAGAGCUUGGACAAAGCUGUUGCGGAGGAGUCCGAUAGGCUGUAUUGUGUCCAUCCCGUUUCCGCGGACAUAGCUGAUGGCUGGAAAGAUGUUUCCUUCGGUGACAUGGCCUAUGCCACCGAGAAUAUGGCAUUUUGGAUACAAUCUCAAGUCUCUGUUCACAAUGAACCUCAGACUUUGGCUUACAUUGGUGCCAAUGACAUUCGAUACUCCGCUUUCAUAUUCGCAUGUAUGAGGCUUCAACACACGCCACUUUUGAUUUCUCCCAGAAAUUCAGAACAAGCCUCCCUACACGUGAUGAGUGCCACAGGUUGCGUAAAGAUAUUCUAUAGCCCUGAGCGCUCUCGACAGGUGGAUGGUCUGAAAGCUGCCGACCCUUCUCUUCAGACUUGGGAGGUCCCAAGCCUCUGGGAUGUAUUUAGCGGUGUUGCAAACAAUGCGUCUGCGAAUCUCAUCGCGCCUGGUCAUGAUGUGGAUGAAAGAGUAGCACUUUACAUCCACAGCUCUGGCACUACUGGGUUACCAAAGCCAGUUCCAUUGACGAAUGGUUAUCUCAAAGGCCUUCAGAAUAUUGGAAACCUAGCUGCACCCGCUGGUCGAGACAGCUGUUUUGUCAUGCUUUCCAAACCAGUCCAGCUCUGUUUCGCGAUGAGUCCUUUCUUCCACAUCAUGGGUCUCUACAACUUGUUUGCGCCCGUACUGUUCAGAAUGCCUUUUCUUCUGAGCCCCGACAGACCCAUGACGACCGAGUUAUUCUCUCAGAUCGUCCAUGAGAAAAACAUAGAAUCCGGUUUUAUUUCUCCAUUCAUCCUGGAAGAGCUCAGCUCCACAGACGCUGGAAUGGAAACAUUGAGCAAGUUCACGAAAAUCGUCUUCUCUGGUGCACCCCUAGCCCCUGCGAUUGGCGAUCGCAUUUCUCAGGUCACACAUCUUCAGACUGCCAUAGGGUCAAGCGAAUGUUUCGUUCACGCAGCCUUGAAACACGAGGACAAAGCUGACUGGAAUUACCACGAAUGGAACCCCAAUUAUCCAAUUGAAAUGCAAGACAUCGGAAAUGACAUUCACGAACUUGUCAUUCCACGUGCAAACUCCAUAGAGAUUCAACCCAUCUUCCACACAUUCCCUGAACUGCAGGUGUAUCACACGGGUGACGCAUUCAGACCGCACCCCGAAAAGAGUGGCUUAUGGCGAUACAUUGGACGAAUUGACGAUGUCAUUGUAUUGAGCAAUGGUGAAAAGUUCAACCCGAUAUCGAUGGAGGGCACCAUUUCCUCACAUCCGUUCGUGUCGCGGGUCGUGAUCAUGGGCCAAGGCCAUUUCCAGUCAAGCGCACUGAUACAGCCCAACUGGGAUCUUUGGGAGGGUUCACGGGAAUCGCUGAUAAACGAGAUCUGGCCAGUGAUUCAGGAGGCAAAUAAGGCUGCACCUGGCCACGCUCGCCUCAUGAGGAACCGCAUUGGACUUACGAGCAAAGACAAACCUUUCCAGACUACACCGAAAGGAACGGUUCAGCGACGUUUCGUCUUGGAAGACUACGCCGAUGAGAUCGAGGCUCUUUAUACCACUGAUGAUAUCGACGAAGACCAUCCGCAGAUCCCAGAAAACGCUUCGCUUCCUUGGAUAAAAUCAUUCAUCUCCGAAUUUCUGCAGGACACCUUGUCCAUUGCGUCAAAUAACGACGACGCAGAUAUAUUUGCCAUGGGCAUUGACUCCCUCCAAACUUUGCAACUCGGCCAAUUCCUGCAAGCUUCCCUGAAGUCAACACAACCAAAUCUUGUUGCAUCUGCAUUGAGGAGCCAGCAGCUAUACUCUCAUCCUACAUUGAACUCUCUGGCAUCAUAUGUCCUGGAACUGCUGCUUGGAGAAUCUUCACCGUCGACAGCGGCGUUGGCCGAAACCGAUAACCUGAGAGCCUCUCGUUUGGCUGGGCUUGUAUCCAAAUAUUCGGACGAUCUCGGUGAGAGUCAUGUGGUCAUUUUGACAGGCUCGACAGGGUCUUUGGGUGCAUAUUUGCUACACGAGUUGUUACGAGACCUCAGUGUGUCCAAAAUUUACUGCCUCAAUCGAUCACCCGAUGCAGCCUCGAGACAACUGAAAAGCAUGCAAGAAAAGGGACUCGUGACAUACAAACAAUUCCCACGUCGCGUCGAGUUCCUCCAAGCGGAAUUUGGUUCCGAGAGACUGGGACUCGAGGAUGAAAGGUAUGAGGCCUUACUGGAGGAUGUUGAUACAAUCAUCCACAACGCCUGGAAAGUCAACUUCAACCACAGGGCAGAGGCUUUUGAAGAUCCUCACAUCCAGGGUGUUCGUCGCCUUGUAGACUUCAGUAUCGCCAGCGAAAGAAUGGCACACAUCCAUUUUGUUUCAUCGAUCUCCACUAUCCAAGGGUUCAGUCAGAAAAAGGGCCCUUCCAUACCAGAGGUUAUUUAUACUGAUGCCACGGUGGCAGCUCGUCAAGGAUACGGAGAAUCAAAACAUGUAUCUGAGCGGAUUUGUGCCGCCGCAUCGGCGAAACGCGGCGUGCCCACUAGCAUCCAUCGGGUGGGUCAGAUUGGUGGUCCGACUACCAAGAUGGGGAUGUGGAACAAACAAGAGUGGGUGCCGUCGCUGGUUGCAACAUCAAAGACCAUCAAGCAAAUUCCGUCCUCGCUGGGUCCUGUCCCAAUCCAGUGGGUUCCAGUGGACAUCACCGCAAAAGUGAUCACGGAUAUUGUUCGCACGCGACGUACAACCGAGCAAGAUGAGCGCUGUGCAGCAUUCCACGUUGUGAAUCCAAAGCUCGCGGAUUGGCAAUCCCUUGUUCCGACAGUGGCCGAGUACAUGGAUGCCGAGAUAGUACCUCUCAGCCAGUGGCUCCAAACUCUCGAUUCUUUCAUCAGCCCUACGGAGACAGACCUUCAAAACAAGCCUGCACUCAAAAUUCUCGAAUUCUUCAAAGCGAUUGCAAUGGCCGAUGAGAAUAGCCCGGGGAUCGAGACCUUGAAAACACAGGAAGCGAGCAAGUCAUUGCGGCAAUUGGACGCGAUUGAUGCGGCUCUCAUGAAAGAUUGGAUGGAUCAAUGGAAAUUGGAAUGA